GGCCGCCGCCGGCCUCGCCGCCCCCUGCAUGCCCGGCGCCGGGUCGCGGCCCACCUGGACGCGCUGGGCCCCCUGGUCCCCUCCGUGCCGCCGCCGCUGCUGCCCUCUAUGUUCUACGUGGGCCUGUUCUUUGUCAAUGUGCUGAUCCUAUGCUACGCCUUCCUUAUGGAGUACAUCGUCCUCAAUGUGGGCCUCGUCUUCCUGCCCGAGGACAUGGACCAGGCGCUUGUGGACCUCGGCGUGCUCUCCGAUCCCGGCUCGGGCCUCUACGAAGCCGACUUGGAGCUCGACGUCUUCGAUGGUUACUUGGAGCCUGCCCCCCUCGAAAGCUCCGUGCCAACAGAGAGGUUCCCAUCUGGACCCAGGACGGUGGGACAGAGAGAUUGA